AUGGGUGUCAUUCGCUCCCGCGACAGCGGUGACUUUCGCAUAUCCGGGUUGUCCCCGCAUCGCUCUCCUCUGGAAGACGAGGUAGACCCGGACGGGACAGAGAUUCCUGUCGAGCAUGCCAACAAUGGCAGCCCGCCGCGAUCAUCGGGCCUGGAGUCAAUGGUGUCUGGCGGCACCAGCUUUCGAACUCCAAGCCGGUCCUUUUAUCACCGGUCAUUCCAUAGUCCAGCGGAUCCGGCACAUUAUUCAUCCCAUGGUCUUAGGGAGCAAACAGCCGAACUAGCUUCCUUCGCCUUGUCUCAUGAAUCGAGCACUCUUCCCCCGUCCUUGGAUAUUUUCCAACCCUCGCAGAGCCCAAAUCGCCCGUCGUCCCCGGCUCUAAGCUUCGCAGUACCGGGGAGAACAAACCAGGAGCCGGGUCCUUCCUCAAUCAUCACCACCGGUUCGUCGGUGCUGACACAGCUGAUCCGUAGCCCCGACGCCCCCGAAACUGAUCAAGACCACCGAAACAGAACUUCCGACUGGGAUGAGUUGAGCGAAAGUGAAGCGUCUGACCAUCAUUCUGUGAUUGUUGCAACCGGGGGAGCGCCGGCUACCGAACAGGCAUCACUGUUGCCCAAGGCGACACAAGCGGGACCCUUUCAGGGCUAUGGAGCGAUUGGUGACAUUGAGAAUCAGGGCCAUGCAAGGAAGAAUGAGACGGACAUCGUUCCUAGCGCUCUUUAUAAACUCAAGAUGGGAGUCCGAGUGCUAGCGAAUCCGAAGUCGUGGGACGGACAGACCGUCUGGCGAGAAGGGAUUGUCUAUCCGCUUACCCUUCUGCCGCCGGUAUUUCUCGGCCUUUUGCUCAAUAUCCUUGACGCCCUUUCGUACGGAAUGAUCCUUUUCCCACUGAGUGAGCCAGUCUUUUCUGAUCUCGGCUCCGACGGAAUCUCUAUGUUCUAUGUCAGCACAGUUAUCUCACAGCUCGUCUUCUCUUGUGGAGGCUCCAUUUUCAAGGGAGGGAUUGGGAGUGAAAUGAUCGAGGUUGUUCCAUUCUUUCACCAGAUGGCCUUCACGAUCCUAAAUCGGGUUGGCCAGGACAACCCACAAGCUGUCCUGGCAACGACGAUUCUGUCCUUCUCGGUCAGCUCAGUCCUCACCGGCUUGGUGUUCUUCUUGAUGGGAACUUGUAAACUCGGUGCGCUGAUCGGGUUCUUUCCUCGGCACAUUCUGAUUGGAUGCAUCGGUGGCGUGGGCUUCUUUCUGCUCCUUACGGGUGUUGAAGUGUCCGCUCGACUACCGGGUUCGUUCGAGUUCAGUUUGAAGACGCUGGAAAAGCUUAUGCAGCUGGACACGGUAUUCCUAUGGACCGUGCCUUUGUUGCUUGCGGUUGGUCUUCUUGUUUUGAAGCGUUUCUUGCGUUCCAACUUCUUGGUUGGUGGAUAUUUCAUCGUGGUGGCAGUUGUAUUCUAUAUUGUAAAAUUCAGCGCCGCGGUAUCUAUGGAUUCUUUGCGCAGCAGAGGAUGGGUCUUUGAUGCUCCUUCUUCGUCAAACCCAUGGUACCACUUCUAUACCCUCUAUGAUUUCUCGGCUGUCGAUUGGUCUGCAUUCCUUGACACAGUCCCAGCAAUGUUUGCACUCACCUUCUUUGGAGUACUUCACGUUCCCAUCAAUGUCCCAGCAUUGGGCAUCUCGACCGGUGAAGACAACCUCAAUGUUGACCGUGAACUUAUUGCUCAUGGUGUUACCAAUGCCCUGUCUGGCUUUGCCGGGAGUAUCCAGAAUUACCUCGUAUAUACGAACAGCCUGCUGUUCAUCGACAGUGGUGGCAAUUCGAGAUUGGCAGGGGUCAUGCUUGCAGCUGCUACCGCAGGAAUUCUUGUAGUUGGCCCGGUCAUUGUUGGAUUUAUCCCAGUCAUGGUGGUUGGAGCCCUCAUAUUUCUGCUUGGCAUCGAGCUGAUGCAAGAGGCCUUGGUCGACACUUGGGGCAAAUUGCAUCGGCACGAGUACCUAACGGUUUUCAUCAUUGUCGCUACUAUGGGUGCUUGGGACUUCGUUGUCGGUAUCUUCGUUGGUAUCAUCCUCGCAUGUCUAAGUUUCGUGGUUCAGACUUCGCGCAAAUCCGCCAUUCGUGCCACCUUCUCGGGCAAAAUCACCGGCUCGACCGUCAGACGCCCGCCUAUUCAGCAACGGUUUCUGAAGGAAGCAGGACACCAGACACUCAUCAUCAAGCUUGGUGGAUAUCUGUUCUUCGGGACCAUCGUGAGCGUGGAGAAUACCAUGCGGGGCCUCAUCGAAGAGGAAGCGUUUAACAAGCGCCCUAUCAGAUUUUUGAUUCUGGACUUCUCCCGUGUUUAUGGUAUCGACUUCUCUGCAGCAGAAGCGUUUACUCGCAUCAACCGUAUUCUCAGGAAACGAAAUGUGCAGAUGACUAUCUCAGGCCUCGAUGUGGAAGGAGACGUCGGCAGAAGCCUCCAGAAUGUGGGCCUUUUCGAGCCUGUGAACGACGUCGAGAUAUUUGAAGAUCUGAACUCAGCGCUUGAGUUCUGUGAGAAUGACUACCUGAAGGUCUUCUAUAGCCACCGGGAAGCCUUGUUGAAUGGGAAGAACAAAUCGUCGGCCUUCCUCGAAGUUCCUACGUCGCAGGGUCAGUCUCAUCUUAGCGACGCGGUGGUGAGUUCACCCCGUCAGCGAUACUUGCAGCAAGCCGCUAGAACGACUCUCCACGAGAACGAAAUGGCGGUCGUUCAGCCGGCUGCAUGGUCGGCAAUGCGACAACCCCUUCCGCUUCUCCUACAGACCUUCCAGGGCCUGACUUCUCGCAACGAAGACUUCUGGUUCAAGGCAUGUAGGCAUUUCGUCCGCGAAAGCUACGCGGCCGGCACCGUGCUGUUCCACGAAGGCGACGUCCCCAAGGGCUUCUACCUGCUGGAGUCGGGAAUGCUACGCGCGGAAUAUGAGCUGCCCCAGGGGCGCUACUCUGAAAUCAUCGUGGCCGGACGACCCUGCGGCGAGUUACCAUUCUUCAGCGAGACGCGACGGACCGCAACCGUCAAAGCCGAACAGGACUGCGUGAGCUGGUGCCUGACGGCUGAGAAAUGGCAGACAUUGCGCCAGCGGGAGCCAGAGAUUGCGCAAGAGCUGCUGACAGUCAGUCUCAAACUGACGACGGAGCGGAUGGACAGUAUUACUUCAUAUGUUCUUACGACAGCCGCCUGA